AUGCAGAUGGACCACAUCGAAAAUGAGUUUGACGCGGGCAUAUCCAGCAUCGGUAAUAUUACGUACGAUAACAACGACAACGUAAGUGACACUAGUGUUUAUAUGGAGGACAUUUUGGCCGAGACGGAUCUUUCCAUUCAGAUUGAUACGAUGAUGUGUGAUGGCGAUGACGAGAACGACGACGAUGACGACGACGAUGACAACAGUUCGGUCUUUAUCACUCGGUUUCCCUCGCCCGAUGCAUUGAUAUCGUAUGGAUGGGGCUACAACGUCGACGACGAAUCCGACACCAUGAGCGAUACGAGCGACGAUUCGUUGUUUUCGGACCUCUCCGACUCGUUCUCCCUCUUGCGGCUCGACAUCGACAUGGAGAUCGUGGACGUCCCUACACCAUCGCCGCCAAUUCUCUCCAAAGCCUCGCGCGUGACCAAAGUGCGUGCACGGAUGGGCGGGUGGUGGAACCGAGAUGCUUGCCAGACACGUCGACAGCGGGCGCAGCACGGUACGGAACACAAGGGUCUGCUGAGAGCAUUCAAGUCCAAGUUGUUGGCGGAGACGAGCAAACCGUCCAUGAAGGACACGCUUUUCAGGGUGGAGACCAGAAGCACAUUUGCAAAUAAGAAAAGUACGAGGAUGAUGACGGGCCUCGCUUCGACAGUGAGGAUGCUGUCGCCAAGAAAGAUUAAACUUCCGAGAACGAUGGAGAGGGCGCUGGUAGGCUUGACCAUGGGACAAGGCCCUACAGCGUCCAUCGACAAUGAAGUCAGUGACACAUUGAUGUGUGUGGCCCAUGCAAGCCAUCUAGGAUAUGGACGCACUUUGUAUGAGCACGACGUAACAGCGGCACGAUCGGAUGCAUUUUGA